UAUCCAAUCGGUGGCCAGCCCACUGUUUAGACUCCCUCACGCUGUGUACUGAGUGAGGUUGAGGAGAGGAGAUCAUGGAGGUGUAGUUUUUGGCUUCUGUACCGUGCAUGCUAAUGCCAAGCAGGAGGCAUUUUCUGCAGGGGAGCAUUCUCCAGGACAACACUGAAGGUAUGACUCUUCUUUCUGUUCUGUUUCACCUCUUUGCUCAUUCAAGCGCACACACUGUAUGAAACACUGACUUUUAUUUAAAGGUAAAUGUUUAUUACUUGUUGAUGCAAUUUCGUUUAAUAGCAUUAUUGUCUGGUAUUAGUUUCCAGAUUAGUUUUUGUUCCUUUUCAGGAAUACAUGAGUGAAUAAAGGUAUGGCAAACUGAUAAGCAGACUGAUAUGUAAUACAUAGAAAAUAGCCAUAGUUAUAAAAGGGAUGGUGGACAUUAAACAAACUAUUGCACUAUUCCAUUUCACCCAGACUUUAGCUGUGAUUACACAUGGACACCAAUUGCAACCUCUUCUUUUUUGACUAUUUCUCUCUUUUAAAACAGCACACAAUGGAGGACGGCCAAGAUUUCUCCCUUUGUGGUAAAGAGGCUGUAACUGAAGCUAAUCUGAGAGAUGAGUACUUUUGGAAGCUGAUUGCGGACUUCAUUGGUCCUCAAUCCGGAGAAGGAUUAGAGCUUGAAAACGCGCCAUGCAAGAACAGACUUUUGAUUCAAGUAGGACUAAUGGCAGAGGACAAUAAUUUUCCAUGGGUUGCCAUUGUAGAUUGGCUGAUGAAAAUAUUCCCCAGUCAUCGGUCAGCUGACUUUCGUCGUUUGGUUGAAAGAGGAAUCGCAACAACAUUGAGUCUGGGAAGUGAUGCAAGGCUGACCUUCCUGGAAUCAGACGUCAACUUUAACUUUGUUGGCCCAAUAUGUGACAGCAUCGGAGUUGAACGGCAACUUCUUUUGGAAAUGAGGGAUUUUAAAGAGCGAGCACAGUCAAUUGAAGUCACAAAUGGAUUGAUUCUUGAGUUGAGCAACUUUGUCACCAGGGAGAAAAUUGCACCAGUUGUUUUAGUUACUUGGCUUAGAAACUUCAACCCUGACUUUUGUGAGAAUGGGGAUAUUCAAAAGGCAUAUAAAGUCCUUAGACCCAAGAUAAAGAAGUUAAAACUGCAUUACCGUAAUUAUGAAACAAGGAGUCACAGGAGGAACGCAGCGAUGGAAAAUCUGCUUCAAAAUUCAUUUGAACUGGUGCGGAAAAAAACGCCAAGAUUUAUCGUGAAGAAACGAAUGAAACGAGACGACUCCAUCAAUUAUGAAAAGGUUAUAAUCAAGGAGGAGUACGAGAGCUUUGAAAUCAUGGAAGGGGAGGAGUCUAAGGUGAACAGAGUAGUUGUUAAGAAAAUAAUACUGAAAGAAGAAGCCUCAGUACACGAUGAGAGUGAUGAGGAUUCGGAUAAAUCCAACAUGGGAGAAGAAACCUCCGAUGUCAAACAAGAGUCCCUGACCCUGCUCGACAUUUCAAUGCUGUCUGUGCAAAAGCUGUCCAGUGUGUACGGUGGAAAAAACGAAGCAUGCAAGCAAGUUUGCUUAGAUCUCCUCAAAAAUCAGUACGCUCUAACAUGCAAGGAGCAUCCAGCCAUGGCAAAAUUUGAGAAAAAACUUGACGCACUCUGUGAAGACAUCUCACUUGUUUAUCCUGUGGUGUUUUUAAACUACAACGCCAAUUUCCUUGUUGACAUGCAUGAUGCUGUGGAGCAGCAGAUCAUGGCCUUUGAAAAGGAAAUCAUUCUAUCAACGGGAGAGAAACUAGGCCGCGACAAGCUUCCACAAUUCAAGAACUUUGUGAAUUUGUCCGAAAGUGCCACUUCACGCUAUAUCCACAUGGCUUGUGAUAUCUUAAGCCCCAGCAGCCCUGGCAUGCAGGACUACAGGAAACACUGGGUAGCUUUCUGUGAGGAAAAGAAAAAUCCCUGCAGACUUGCAGUAAACCAGUCAAAUCGAUUCAACAACUACUUUGAAGCUGCAGCGGGUCUCACCCACCAUUACAAAGAGAUGGCUCUCUUCUUCUCUGAUUUGCUGUCAAUGAACAAUGAUGCAAACAUUAUUCUGGAGUGUGUUGCUGCUGAUGCUAAUGACUCUGUGAUACAGAGCCUUGUGUGUGUUCUGGCCAUCGUUUACUGCAAAAUCCUCGGUCCUUACUGGCAGCUUCUGAAAAGCGAAGGAGAGUACUCUCUCUUCAGCCAGUACAUACUCUGCCUCUACCAAAAGUUCCUCGAUUGGUCCAAAGAUCCUUCAACGCUGCUGGAACCUGAAGGGGCCACAAAUGUUUUUCUGCAAUUCCCAUUGCAGGAGAAAACCUUUGAUGGAGUGUUUCAUUUCUGUGGCCAAUGGCACACAAAUAGGGAACUUAUAAGAGCAUGCUUGAAGAGGGUAGUGAAGGUGAUUGCUGCCGUCACGGAGGAACACCUGAAGGAUUUCCUGCCAGGAGGAACCUUCUCUCAAGUCCCUUCACCAGAUUUGAGCUCACAACUUGUCAGUUGCACCUUCUCCGUCUUGAUGGCUGAAUAUCCCUUCAGCCCUGCAGAAGAAGAUACCAUUAAGAAGAAAAAGCUUGACAAGUCCUCCAAACACUCCUCACAGAAGAACUUGGAUAGCUCUCAGGAAGAUGAUGACCGAUCUGGUUCAUCUCACGACGGCUCCGAUGAAUUUUCUGGUUGGCCCGUUAAAAAGAAUACAAACAUUGGCCAAAAGGAUACCUACAGUCCACAGAUUAAGAAAGGGAGUAAAGAAAAGGGAGCAAAGGUACAUGAAGAGCAUGAGGAGAACAUGGAUAGGGAGUACAUAAUAGCCACAGUAAGCAGAAACGGAGGGCCGUGCAAGACGCAGCAAGAUGUCGAUAAAAUGAUGCUGCGUUUUGAAGGAAAACCCCGGGCUGAGAAACGGGAAGGAAUCCGUUGUGAGAUACUGUACCAAAAAAUGAUUCUGAACAACACAGACCAAAACUUGUUUUGUACUUUCCACAACACCACACACAUGGUGUUGAAGCUGAAGCUCUCACUUCCUCGUGUUAAGCCUGGGUACUCUCUUGUUUGGGCGCCUAAAAAGACAAAAACAAAGCCUGUGUUCCAAAAUGCAACGGAUGCUGCGACUGGUUGGAAUAUUACAGCUGCACAUGAUGGCAUCUAAAAUAAAAAGUGUGGUUUUGAGGGAUAGGGGAUGAUCGCGUUAGCAUGUGACGUCCUCAUAUGAUUUUAUAUUUGCAAACUAAUCAGAGAUUACAUACAAUGACCUCAAUUUUUCCACACAUUUGAAAUGAUGAUAAUAAUAAUGUAUGAUUCUGUGAAUACCAGAUGCAGUUGUCAUGUGUUACAAAUUGUAUUUUCAAUGCCAAAAGUUGAAAUUAUAAGUUUUGAUUUAGCUCUUAUACAGUUGAUAUGGUUGUAUAAGUUGCAUGGUGCUAUAUUGUAACAAGGCUUUUCUAGAAAGGUAACUUUUUUGUUGCUGAGAAAGAAAUGUAAUUUGUUUGAUACAAGAUUGUACCCAUUGUAAGUAUGCAGAGGUCAGACUUGAAAUAUGUUGUAUAAACAAAAAAACUCUGGCUUUGUUCAUAUGUUGUUAUUUCCAGCCUAUAGAAAUGGUUUGGCUAAAGUCUAGUAAGUGACUCAUCUGUCAGGGUUUUGGUUUUGUACAAUCACACAAUCACUUGUUUCUCAGAUUCAACGGGUAUUUGUGGUUGCGCCACACUCAUGAACAAUGUCAAUGAGUUCCUGCUUAUAAAAGUGUUGACUGGGAGGGGCUCAAGAAAAUAGGGAGGCAGUGAUGAAAGAGGGGUCACUGUGCCAAAUGUCAAGGCCGUUUGUUUUCCCAAGUACAUUAGCAAAGAAAGGAACCUUACACACUGCUACUCUUAGACAAGA